AGUUGUUCAAUCCCGAGAGCGGCGUGGAGAGCUGGGCCCGGAGUUUAAGACCUCAGCCGAGAUUAUACAUUAAAGACCUUAACCGAGAUUAUACAUUAAAGACCUCAACUCUUGGGGACAAAAACUGGAAGUGAUGUCGGGAGAGGCCGUGUCGGCAGUGGUGAUGGUGGAGAGCGUGGAGGACCUGGAGCUGCUGGUGAGGACCAAGGUGGACGCGCUGAGGCUGGCGCUGCAGAUCCGAGAUGUGGACGCGGAUGACGAGUGGCUAGUGCGCAUGCUGCACAGCGUGGAGUCCGAGCUGCAGGAAGCUGAGGCACUUGUGCAGGAGAUGCAGCAGCUGCAGAAGCAGCGAAACCAGGUUGCGCUCGAAGUGCAGGCGGUGAUGGCGCAAAUCACCAGGAAUAACGAAUCGCUGCAGCACAUGCUUGAGAAUCUGCCAAAGCACCUGCCCGGGAAGCAGCCUCCGCUAGUGGCCAGCAUGCAGGCCAGUGGUGAUCCCCAUGUCACUGGGGCCCAAGGGGGACCGCUGUUGGGGCCCCAAGCGGGGGUCCAGGCGACCGCUGGGGCCCCGUUGCAACCCGCACAGCCUCCCAAGAAGGAGCGACCGCCGCCCCCCCCGAUCCCCGCAAUCAACAUCCUCACCGUGAGCGAGUUCGAGGCAGUGCCAGCGUACCUGAAGGGCCGCAUGGCGUACGAGCAGGUGAACGGCACCGUGCACGAGAUAAACUGCGCGCUCGCCUCCAAGUACACGCUGCUGCGGCAGCCGAAGCGCUCGCUCGGGGAGGCUGCCGUCAAGCGGCAUCGUGUCUACCGCGAGCAGGAGACCCCGCACACCAAAGGCCACAGCUUCUUCGUGGAGAACGACCUGCGCGAGAACUCGAAGCUGCGCGUGGACAAGCGCCUCUUCAACCUGCUGGGCGUGCUGCGCCACUGCCAGCGCCUGCGCGAGGUGCGCGGGGGCGGGCUCACGCGCUACGUGGUGCUCUGAGCACUGCCGGCGCCACUGCCGCUUGUCCCGAACCCCCACACGCUCGCCCCCAAGGUGGUCGGGCCUUUGUCGUGCUGGCGCCGGUGGAGGUUUCGCGACCGCCGAGGUGGCUGCCUCGUGCGGGCUGCCGCUGUGUUCGUGCUUCCUGUGAGAUUAUUGCUGUCCCUUUGAUCGUCCCUCUUAUCUGCUGCCUCCUAAAAAAAUAUAUUGUGCGAAUAACGAAUAACGUGGUGGUUGGGCGUCCUCAUUUCUCUUGGCUUAAGCGUCGCACUUGUCCAACACGUCGCUGGAAAAAAACGAGUGACCAUCUUCUCUAUUGUUUGAUUUCGGGCGUCCUUCCAAACCUCCACAUACAAUUCACAACAGGGCGAGGUUCAUUAUCUUUGCCAACCCCCCCAAAGGGGUGUGCGCAUGGAGGUCCAAUACAGCAAUGGCUGUUGUUGCACUGCCCUCUGCUGGCGACAAAGCCCGCAUCUAUAUCUAUUAAAGGGACAUUUGUGAAUGUGUCUGUUCGAAAUGUUGAGCAUACUUCCCGACAUGCAUCAAACUUGAAAUUUGGCAUGUGGGUAGCUUCCAGACUACACAAUGCAAAAAAGUAUAAAAAAAAGACUUUUGUAUUUUGGGGGGCGGGAGGAGGGCGCAAUAAUGGAUAUAUUUUUCACGGAAAGUGAGUGGUGACGUCACAUCUGUGAUGUUACCCGCAUGCGGCACGUGACUUUACCGAAAAAAACUAAGAAUAUGAACCCUCCACGUAGGCCGUGUAUUAAUCCAAGACAAGAAUCCAAGUCUCGGGCGAAGCCGGGUAGUAAAGCUAGUUUUGUAUAUAAUGUAAGUUUGUGUAUUAAUAAACUUGAAUGUUGG